AUGGGGGCCGGCCACCCGCAGCUCGCGGUCCUAGCGGCCGUGUCCACGCUCCUCUUUCCCCCGUGUCGUCUGGAUGGGACCUCGGAGGAGACGCGCACGCAGUUCAACGGCUCUGCGGCUGCUUUCGACUCGUUCAGGGCGCACUUCCGCCGGGCGUACGAGGCCGAGGGCGAGGAGUCCAACCGCCGCCGUCGGCUGCAUUUCCAGGAUGCUACAAAGCGGCACGCGUACCUGAACUCUUUCUCCACGCUACCGCAGUCUGCCAAAUAUGGGGUCAACCGGUUCUCUGACCUCUCGCAGCAUGAAUUCAGAGAGCUCUACCUGCGAGCGAGCGCAGACACAGCCCCGCCCUUCUCGGGCCUGAAGACCCAGCGGCUCCCAGGCAAAUUUGACUGGAGGGACAAAGCAGUGGUGGCAACUGUCCAGAACCAAGAAGCGUGUGGGAGUUGUUGGGCGUUCAGCGUGGUCGGCGCCACGCAGUCCGUCCGCGCUAUCGGAGGCUGGCGGCUGCAGCAGCUCAGCGUGCAGCAGGUUCUGGACUGCUCCUUCCGAAACAAUGGCUGCAGCGGAGGCUCCACGUUCCAGGCCCUGAGCUGGUUAAAGCAAACCGGAGUGAAAUUGGUGCCUCAGUCAGAGUAUCCCUACAAGGCCAAGACGGGAAUCUGCCAUUUCUUCCCUCAGUCACACGGCGGUGUCGCUGUGAGGAACUUCACUUCACAUGACUUCAGUGGCCAAGAGGAGGCGAUGAUGAGUCAUCUGGUGGAGCGCGGCCCCCUGGCUGUUAUCGUGGAUGCUGUCAGCUGGCAGGAUUACCUGGGUGGAAUCAUCCAGCACCACUGCUCCAGCAAAUGGGCCAACCACGCCGUCCUGGUGGUUGGAUACGACACCGUUGGGGAUAUUCCAUACUGGAUUGUGCAGAACUCGUGGGGAGCUUCUUGGGGGAAUGAGGGCUAUGUUUAUAUAAAGAUUGGUGGAAACCUUUGUGGUAUUGCCGAUUCUGUGGCAGCAGUUAUCGUUUGA